AUGCUGGUUUUCUCGUUAUCACAUGCGGAGAUCUCUACCCUAGAUGCCAAUAGAGACAACUGUACAGUCACUGUUGCAAGUCGCUGCAAACCGAUUGAUAUUCACUUGAAGCAGAGCUGUCUGGGAACACCUCUGCCUUACGACUUUACCUCCGACGGUCCAAUUAUUGAUGAUGUCUCCCACUUUGACCUUCAGACCUGGGCCGCAUUAAAGGCUAUUCCCAUGUGCUGGGUCAAACUACAGAUAUUUCUCUGUACCGUCUACGUUCCCGAGUGUCGAAGUGCAGAGACACCAUCGUCAACGGCGGCGAAAAGGGUAACGGCGGAGGUGGAGUACUCACAGGUCGUCUUACCCGAGCGUGGCAUGUGUCUGGCGGUGCGGAAGGCCUGUCCUCUUCUCUUUUCCGGCUACGGAAUCGGUGGACGCAGCCUGCUUGGUGAUGUCGUGCCUCGCUUCCUCCAGUGUGACAUCUACGCUCCUGUCUGUCGGCAGAACAAGUUGCGUCCGAAGAUAUUCGACGCCAACAAGGCGGAAUGCCAGCCACCACUGCUGUCUACCACAAACAGUCGAAAUUGGAUCAAGGGCAUCGCAACAUGCGCCUUUCCAUGUCGCAGUCCUGUCUACCGACCAGAGCACUACACGCUUGCUCGAAAUCUUAUCUUCGCCGCCGCUAUUACUGGCACCCUCGUCAAUGUCUGUGUGCUUUGCACGCUGCGAUUGAUUCGCUCUUCAACUUCCUUCCCAAGACGCAGUGAUGGGGAAGGUGAAAUGGCGCUGCCAAUGUCAACAAUGCAUGCAUCAUGUCGUCGGCUGCCGCACACAGCGCUCACUAUUAUUCACUUGGCCUUUCUCAUUGGUUGUCUGGGCCUCCUGAUGCCGCAUCUACCGGGAGUGGAUGAUGCCGUCGCCUGUCGUGCUGAUGGUAGCGUGCGUGUCGGCGAACCGCAAACUCAAACGGGGUCGCCCAUUCUCUGCGUGAUCUGCUUCAUGUUGGUCUACGUUCCUAUGCUUGCUGUGGCGUUGUGGUCCAAUGUUCUUGACUAUGCCCUCUUCGCUGCAUUCCAUGCCGCCGCUUUGCGUAUUGCUGAUACCGAUGCCGUUGGUUCUGCGGCGAUCGUCUCUACCCCCACUCUUCACCGACGACGCCUUGGCGGCAGUGUAUGGCGCCUUCGACAUUGGCGGUACAAGCAGCCUUCACUCUUAUUACCGCCUGACUCUUGCGAACUCCCUAAAAGGCGGCUUAGGGGUGGUGGUAGUGGUGAUGCGGGCGGAGUGAAUGAAGCCAUGGAGGGCUCCGUGUCGCCCGCUAGUCCUGUUGUUGCUACUGCAACAAUGGGAGCUAUAAAGAGGAGAUUGAGUGCAAUCGAGAUGGAGGAGAAAGUGCCUCGGCCACGUCAACCCUGCAGUCGAAACACCUCAUGGAAGUUGGCUGAGGGUGAUCGCCCUGAGCAUCGAUCACUACCAUUGGUUUGCCACCUCCUCUAUCCCUCUAAGCCCAUUGGUUGCCCACUGGCCAAUCACUUGGAAAUAUCCGGAGGCGACGCGGCGGUUGGUCAACGAGCUACCUUUAGCUCAAUGGGAUCACAAAUCACCUGUAUCCACAUCGCUGCUUUUGCUGUACCUGUUGUCUUUGCUCUAAUCAGUCUCACUGCUUCUGUAAUUGAUGGCGAACCGCUUUCGGGUCUUUGCAUGGUGGGAAUCCGCACUCUCUGGGCCUACUGCGCCAUGGUGGUAACCCCGCUGGUGCUUUGCCUCCUUCUCAAAGUGAUCUACCUCAGUAGGGCAAUGCGAUCGAUGUGGCAGUUGCGUGGGUACCUCGUUGUCGCUUCCUAUGCCCCGGUAGACAGGGAAAUGGCGCACCGACUAACAAUGUGCUUUCGUGCUUACGUGAUAUACAUUCUCACACUGACGGCACUUUUGGCAUUUUCUGCGGGAGUUCAUGCCUACGCCUACGUGGAGGAGCCCAAAUGGUUUGAAACUCAGCGGUUAUUUCUAUUUUGCCAACUACGACAUCGGCUAAUGGGCCUAGGUGGCGUGGCAGGCUCAUCGGGUUGUCGAACACCGUUUACAACGGACCUCUGUCUUUUUGAUUCCUCUCCACCUCAUCCUCUCAACACUACUGCAGCUCCUGUCACAUCUGCGACCACUUCUGGACUUCGUAUUCGUCGCGAAGACAAUCAAAUUGCGUCUUCCUCGGCCUCCAUACCUUCUGAAGAGGACUCCGAUGCUUCCGCGUCAGGACGUCCCUUCACAGGUCCGAUCCUGUUGAACCUUUUCACCUACCUCAUGUCGAAUCUUGUAUUCGCGUCCAUGUGUCUCCUGGAUAGCUCUGUUAAACACGAGUGGCUCAGUCUUCUACGCAGAGUUGUUUCAUUUCUCACCGCCUGUCCAACAAAGUCCAUGGGAAGUAAGCGUUCUUCUUCUUCACAAAUGGUUGUCAACAAAUCUGCGAAUUUCCAUCUGCCCCCCACGUUUUCCUGGUGGGAUCCGGGCAUUUUCUUUCAUGACUACGAGCCUAUGCCGCUGGAGAAGGAGGUCAGUGCAGACAAUGGCUCUAUCACUGUGGCUGGCGGAAGCGGGAUUGUUGCAACCAAGGCUGUUGCCACUUCAGAUGUCUCCUGUGGAUGCAACCGACGCUACUCCUCAUCCACAAAUGAUGAAAGUUGGGUAAUGUCUUCCAUCGGGGCAACAAACGCAGCUUUGGCCUUUCGCGGAGCUGGUGGAAAUACCUCCUCUGUUGUCAGUAGUAACGCAGCCGCGACUACAGCAGUAGCGUUGGCAGCUACAAAACCUAUUCACAAAUCGAACUCCCUCACCUCCUCUCAAUCUCUCUUCACGGCUCAUCAUGGACACAAGUCAAGAUCUUCAGCCCGAGGUGCCCUCUUUAAUCCCUUCUCCACCAUUCAGAGGGAGGAGGACGUUGCGGCUACUCUUGAACGUAAUUUGGCCGAGCUGGGUUUGAUUAAAAUAUGCUUUUUCCAAGGUCGUCGACGCCUCGUCUCGCGGUCUUACUCCACCCUCGGCCUUGCAGGUGGCAGUGGUGGUGGCGAGCGUCGGAGUUUGAACAGCCUCCUUCUUCAUCGCGCCGCUUCUUCGCCUACAAAUUCUAGCAACGGGAAGCGCGUCUGUGGCGUUGGUCCUGGUGGUCGUAGUCAACAAAACCUCUCCAUCGAAUCACUUUCUCGUCUCUACGCAGCUGCGGCUGCUAUGGAGCUGGAGAGGAGUAAAAAAAGUGGGUCUCUGGCUGUUUUUAGGUUUUAUGUCCCCACUGUUAUUUUCCACGGUGUCACGUCCCUCUGCCUGUUCUUUGUUCCAAAAGUCAUGGACGGGGGUUCACAAUGCUUUGGACACGCACCACGCGGUUCUAUGGCCACCUCUUGGGCACGUCGAGGUGGAACAACUUCCCGGCUCUCACUGGCUAGUUCAUCGGGUGCUGAGUCAUACAACUCCUUCCAACUCCUCGCUGAGCAGGCAGGUGCAACAUGGCGUGAACUCUGGCGUACUCGUCUUCUUCUCAUUGAUGCAUUGCACUGGGCACAGUCAGCUGCUGCCGCCUCCGCUAACGAAAACCCUCCUCCUCCACCUCCUCCUCCUCCACCACAGUCGUCCGACCAGCAACAACAACAGCUGAUAGCUGCGACGUCAAUGAUGAUGGCAUAUUUAAUGGGUCAACAGCAACAACAACAGCAACCUGUGGGGGCAGAGACGAGUUGUGGCGGAGGUGGAGAGAGGACGCCAGAUUCUGUCAUGAUGGCUGCCAUCAUGGCAGCCACAGCGGCUGCACAGGCAGCCAUGAAACAGGGUGGACUUCCACAAAAUAGUGCUGCGUCUAGUCUACUGCCUCCCAUUCCUACCCUUUCUACCACCUCACAGAUGCCGCAUUAUGAGGUACCACUAGCAGCUGCACCCUACUCCACACCAAAAGCCUGUCAGCCGGGUAUUCUUGCCGAGCAUCACCAUCUCCACCAUCAACCUCGUUCAACAAACACAGUAUUAACAACAGGCGCAACCAUAAGAGGCUUUCGACAAGACGUUGUCUGCCAUCUAGAUGCCUCGGCGUCUGCGGGUGUCGCCUCCCCACCGCAUCUGCUGCAUCCACUAAUACAACAGCAACAACGAUCUCCUUGGAGCCUUUCGCAUCACCACCCAUCGCAGCCAAUGCCGGCAUCUGGAGGUGGUGGUGGUGGUGGGGGUGGUGUUUGGGCUGCCUCUACCACCUCACCAGGUCUUACUCACUUUUCGGUGCCUGUCGUUCCGCCCUACGCCUUUGUACCGCCUCCACCGCCCCACAUAAUGCCCCCGCCAGCCACUGUCAGCACGAAUCCGAACCCGGAACGCGGAAGUUGUGUCGAAGGUGACGAGGACGAUGGCGAUGACGACGACGAAGAGGGCUCUGAUGCCUUUGACUCGGAGGACGAAGUGAUGUCGACCAGCGGUGAAGAGGCCACAGAGGCGAUAGGAGCGGCUGAGCGCCGUCGAUUGCACCGAAGUGGAGCAGAGGCCUCGACAACAGACGAAUACUGGGACGCCUUUCCUACUCCUGAGGGUCAGCCGAGCUGCGCAGCCGCUCCGCCUCCGCCGCCUGACGCCGAUGCUGACGACGUCUCCAGUGUCAGUCAGAGCGCCAGUCAAGUAGUCGUCGCUACGGUGCAUGGCGAGACGGAGGAGGUCGAAACCGAUGCUACAGGUGAAAAAUCCCCUCCAAAGCCCUGA